CAGGGAGAAGUUAUGGACUGAUCGUGUGAGAGAGAGAGAGCACAACUUGUCUGUGUGUGGCCACUCUGGAGACAGUGAAGGAAGAACACCUACCCAAGUAGUUAUUUUCCAGGAAAUUAUUCUCUUCUACCAAUCCCUUUGCACCUUUUUCCAAGCACUUCAACUUCUCCUCCUCCUCUCUGCAACCGCAGCCAGUACCCUCCAUCAUGUCUACCAAGUCCAAAUCUUCUUUAUCUGACCAUUCCAACAACAAAGCAUCACCAGCAACUCCUAGAGUUAGUAAAUUGAGCAAGGGAGUGGCUAAAACUGAUGCGGAUUCACCCUCUCCCCUUCAAAAUCCGCGGGUUUCUUUUGACCGGUCCCCAAGAUCCAUCGAUUCGAAGCCCAAGGUGGAACGGCGGGCCCCAAAAAUUGCUACCUCUCCGGAUGUCACUUCGAAGCCUACGGUAGAUCGACGGGUCCCGAAGACUGCUACCCCUCCGGAUAAACAACCCACACGUUUAUCAAAAGGAACAGAAGCACAGGCUCAAAUAGGUCUUGUUCAGGAAGAUCUUAAGAAUGCCAAGGAGAAACUGGUUUUGGUUGAGAAAGAGAAAGCUCAAGCGAUCGAAGAAUUAAAAGAGGCCCAGAGAUUGGCUGAGGAAGCAAAUGAGAAACUUAGGGAGGCUUUGGUUGCUCAAAAGCGAGCUGAAGAAAAUUCGGAGAUUGAGAAGUUCCGGGCGGUUGAGAUGGAACAAGCCAGCAUUGAGGUGGCUCAGAAGAAGGAAGAGGAUUGGCAGAAAGAUCUUGAAGCUGUAAGGAACCAACAUGCUUUGGAUGUAGCCACUCUUCUCUCCGCUACUCAGGAGCUCCAAAGGGUUAAGCAAGAACUAGCCAUGACUUGUGAUGCAAAGAACCAGGCCCUUAGCCAUGCCGAUGAUGCAACCAAGAUUGCAGAGAUUCAUGUUGAAAAAGUGGAGAUUCUCUCCGCUGAAUUGGUCCGGGUGAAGUCAAUGCUCGAUUCCAAGUUUGAAAUGAAGGCUAACGAGAGCACGAAGUUGGUGUCUGAGUUGAAUUCGCAGAUAGAGACUCUGAAACAAGAACUUGAGAAAUUUCAAAGUUAUGAGGAGAAGUUUUUGGAAAAAGAGGCUUCCAUUGAACAACUUAAUGUUGAGCUUGAGGCUGCGAAAAUGACAGAAUCAUAUGCGCGUAAUUUGGUGGAGGAGUGGCAGAGAAAGGUUGAAGAUUUAGAGAUACAGGCGAAGGAAGCAAAACGGAUGGAGAGAUCUGCUUCAGAAUCACUUGAGUCAGUGAUGAAACAACUUGAGGGAAGUAAUGAUCAAUUGCACUAUGCGCAAUCUGAAAUUGCAUCUCUUAAAGAGAAGGCAGGUUUAUUAGAAAUCUCUAUUAGUCGGCAGAGAGGGGAUCUUGAGGAAUCUAAACGUCUACUUGUAAUUGCCAAGGACGAAGCUGCUGAGAUGGUGAAAAAGGUAGACUCUUUGAAGUCGGAGCUUGAAACUGUGAAGGAAGAGAAAACCCAGGCCUUGGCCAAUGAGAAGCUUGCAGCCGACAGCGUUCAAACCUUGUUGGAAGAAAAAAACCAACUCAUAAAUGAGUUGGAAAGUUCAAGGGAUGAAGAAGAGAAGAGUAAGAAGGCAAUGGAGAGUUUAACUGCAGCUUUGCACGAAGUUUCUUUAGAAUCAAGAGAAGCCAAAGAAAAGCUAUUGUCUAGUCAAGCGGACAACAAAAAGUAUGUUGCGGAAAUUGAAGAUCUGAGAUUAGAUUUGAAAGCGAGUGAUGAGAAGUAUGCAAUGAUGCUUGAUGGCGCCAAGCAUGAAAUUGAUUCGCUUACUGAUUUGAUUGAACAGUCAAAGCAUAAAUACCAGAAUUCCAAGGCUGCAUGGGAUGAAAAAGAGCUUCAUCUGACGAACUGUGUGAAGCAAUUCGAAGAUGAGAACUCUGCACUGGAAAAAGAAAUAAGCCAGUUGGAAAAUUUGCUAAAAGAGGCUCAGGGAGAAGCUCGCUCAACAGAGGAGGAAAGAGCUCAGCUGAAGAAUGCUGUAAAAGAAGCAGAGUCUGAAGUGAUUUAUUUACAGGAAGUUCUUGGAGAAGCAAAGACCGAGAGCAUGAGGUUGAAGGAAAGUUUGAUGGACAAAGAAAGUGAAUUGCACGGUGCUGUUAUGGAGAAUGAGGAACUUCGAACGAGAGAAGCUGCUUCCCUUAAGAAAAUUGAGGAGUUAUCCAAAUUGCUUGAGGAAGCUAUGCACCAAAAGCAUGUUGAGGAAAAUGGUGAUAUUUCAGACAGUGAAAAAGAUUACGACAUGCUCCCAAAGGUGGUAGAGUUCUCUGAGCAAAACGGAGAUGGUAGGGAAGAUAAGCUGGAAGUGGAUCUUCCAUCCCAUGAAGAAGCUGUGAAAGAAAAUCAUCUGAUGGAGAAAAAUAACUUGUGCGACGUGGAAGUUCAAACCAACACUGCUGAAGUUGAGGAUUCGAAUGGAAACCCAAAAGGCAGUGAUACCAACGAGAAAGAAGACGAAGAUGCGGUGGAGGUUGAUUUAAAGAUGUGGGACAGUUAUAAGAUUGGAGAGAAAGACUUGUCGCCUGAAAGGGAGCAAGAGCAGCAAUCCGUUGACGAGGAUCUUGAUUCAAAGGUGGAGGGUGUCGAGAGCCAUGACCAGGGAAACGGUGUAUCUUCUGCGGAAAUGGGUAAUGGUGGAAGCUCACCUUCGAAAGAACAGCAUCAAAAGAAAAAGAAGGCUUUGCUUCGCAAGUUUGGAAGCCUACUGAAGAAAAGAAGCUCUAGCAACCAGAAACCAGAAAAGUAACUGAACCAAAUGUGAAAAAAGAGGCUUUGUGUUUAGAUUUUUUUUUCUUUUCCUUUGCUAAAUACUAUUAUUUCCCAGUUUGGGGAAUGUCUUGUACGUGAUUGAUAUAUCUUCCCUCCCCCCUCCCUUAUAUCUUCUUACUUAAAAUUUCUUUCAAAGGAGUGAUCUUCUAAAUUGUAUCUUUUUGUGAUUUAAUGUGUUUUAAAUUGGAUUUUAUUGUUGCCGAUUGUUUCAA